AUGAGUUCUAAGAUAUAUACAUUCAGAUGGCCAGCAGGUCCAACUUCAGUUGCCGUAAGUGGUAGUUUCGAUAAUUGGAAAGAAGAGAAACAAUUAUACAAGAGUGAAGACGGUUCAUUCGAAUUAUGUUUACCGUUGGAUAUCCAAGAAGGUGAAACUGUUCAAUUCAAAUUUAUUGUGGAUGGUGAGUGGUUAUUGAAUGAUAACUUGAAGAAAGAGUUUGAUAGCUCUGGUUUUGAGAAUAAUUGUAUCGAUGUCAAUGACUUGGAGGCCAAGAGGAAGAGAAGGAUAAAGAUUAAGAAGAAGGUUAGAAGAAAUAAAAAAACUGGUGAAAGAGUAGUUAUUUCUGAAGAAGUGAUGCUUUUAAAGGAUUCUGAUGGUGAAGAGCAUGAAGUUCCAAAUAACAACGUCGAUGAUGCUGGUGCUUUGAUUACAGAAGAGCAUAGUGUUGUUGAUGAAGCUACUGUUGCAACUCCUGUAAUUAUUGCAAACCCAGAGCAAAUUAGAGAAUUCAGCGAAGUUAGAGAAGUCCAUGCCCAAGAAUUGAAUCAAGAAUUGAAUCAAGACAAUACAGAAGAACCAGUUGAACAAGUUGAACCAUCACAACAUGAGCCGAUGGAAGAAGAUGCUAACUCAGAAGAAGAUGCUAACUCAGAAGAAGUAGAAUCCCCACAAAUAAGUGACCAUCAACAUAUGGAUCUAGAUGAUACUACUGAUGAUGACUAUUACAAUGAAGAUGAAGAAUCAACUGAAGAGGAAGAACCGCAGCAAGAGCCAGUACAAAAACCAGUUCAACAACAACAGCAACAGCAACAGCAACAGCAACAAAAGCCUCAAAACGUUAAAACAGCCAUGCCAAGAACUACUCAAAAUGCUCGUCCUACACAUCCUGUAAGAACUGUACCAAAGAAGUCAGGAUUCUUUGGUAAACUGAAAAAAAUUCUAUCAGGACCACAAGUAUAA